GGGCUAUGUGAGCGUCGAGGACUUGGCAGAAAUCAAUGUGAUUUUAAUUUGAAACAAAACUAAGAAAUGGGUUCCUCUUCCUUGUUCAUUCAUACUGCUUUUUGAUGGUCAUGGCAUAAGGAACUUUAUCCCAGGAAUACAACUCUGCAUUAGCACCAAACAAGAUUUGUGAUGAAAUGGAGCCUGGAACAAACUCUUUUCGAGUAGAAUUUCCUGAUUUUUCCAGCACCAUUCUGCAGAAACUGAACCAGCAGCGCCAGCAAGGACAAUUAUGUGAUGUCUCCAUUGUUGUCCAAGGCCACAUUUUCCGAGCACACAAAGCUGUUCUUGCUGCCAGUUCACCCUACUUUUGUGACCAGGUACUCCUGAAAAACAGCAGGAGGAUUGUUUUGCCUGAUGUGAUGAACCCCAGAGUGUUUGAGAACAUUCUCCUAUCAAGUUACACGGGACGUCUAGUAAUGCCUGCUCCAGAAAUUGUUAGUUACUUAACAGCUGCAAGCUUCCUCCAGAUGUGGCAUGUGGUAGACAAAUGCACUGAGGUUUUAGAAGGAAACCCUACAGUCCUUUGUCAGAAGCUAAAUCAUGGCAGUGAUCACCAGUCUCCCAGCAGCAGUAGUUACAAUGGCCUGGUAGAGAGCUUUGAGCUAGGCUCUGGGGGCCAUACGGAUUUCCCCAAAGCCCAGGAACUGAGGGACGGAGAGAAUGAAGAGGAGAGCACCAAAGACGAGCUGUCAUCUCAGCUCACCGAGCAUGAAUACCUUCCUAGCAACUCGUCCACAGAGCAUGACCGGCUGAGCACUGAGAUGGCGAGCCAGGAUGGGGAGGAGGGGGCCAGCGACAGUGCCGAAUUCCACUACACCCGGCCCAUGUACAGCAAGCCCAGCAUAAUGGCUCACAAACGCUGGAUCCAUGUGAAGCCUGAGCGCUUUGAGCAAGCGUGCGAGGGCAUGGAUGUGCAUGCAUCCUACGAUGAGCACCAGGUCACAGAGUCCAUCAACACCAUGCAGACAGAGCACUCGGUCCAGCCCUCGGGAGUAGAGGAAGACUUUCACAUCGGGGAAAAGAAAGUGGAAGCAGAGUUUGAUGAACAGGCUGAUGAAAGCAAUUAUGAUGAGCAGGUGGAUUUCUAUGGCUCUUCCAUGGAAGAGUUUUCCGGAGAGAGGUCAGAUGGGAAUCUCAUUGGGCACAGACAGGAGGCUGCCCUAGCAACAGGCUACAGUGAGAAUAUUGAAAUGGUAACAGGGAUUAAAGAAGAAGCUUCCCACCUAGGAUUCUCAGCCACCGACAAGCUGUAUCCUUGUCAGUGUGGGAAAAGUUUCACUCACAAGAGUCAGAGAGAUCGACACAUGAGCAUGCACCUUGGUCUUCGGCCUUAUGGCUGUGGUGUCUGUGGUAAGAAAUUCAAAAUGAAGCAUCAUCUCGUGGGCCACAUGAAAAUUCACACAGGCAUAAAGCCAUAUGAGUGUAAUAUCUGUGCAAAGAGAUUUAUGUGGAGGGACAGUUUCCACAGGCAUGUGACUUCUUGUACCAAGUCCUACGAAGCUGCAAAGGCUGAGCAGAAUACAACUGAGGCUAACUAAAAAUAGGAUCUGGCCCUUGAGUGGCAGGCACAAAAAUAAACUAUGGUAAUUAUGCAAAUCUGGGCACAGAUGAUGCGUGCUACUUGCUAUUAUGAGAGAAGCUUAAAAAAAAGGAAGAUAUUUCUGAAAGACCAGCUCUAAGUAGGCCAAUUAAAAAAUCUUAAUUCUUCAAAUUUGUAUGUUCCAGGCCUGUAGUGGGUAAUGGGGAUAAGUUAGCCCACCUCACACCUGGCAAGGUAAACCUUCAGGCCCAUUGUGAAUGAGGCAGGUGGACUUGGUCAUAGAGACACCUGCACUUGGAAUUGGACUCCAACCCACCAGUUCCAUUUCAGGUGGCAGCAGUUUUUGAUCACUCAUUAUUACAAGGUCAUUGGAAUUUUAUUUUGCUCUUACUAUAGAUACUUAGGUAAUGUGGGUUUGUUUUGGUAGCUGCUUCAUUGAACGAAAUGCUACUUAUGUAAUAGCUACAAAUAAUGUGAUUCCUAGGAUACUAAGUUGAUUAACAGAGCUCUCUUACCUGGGUUUAUUCUUUCUAAAGGGUAUUUUAACCAAAACUCUGGAAAUAGUAAGAGGGUGACAUUCUAAGUAAGAAACAAAUAACUUAUGGUACAAGCUUCAAAUUCUGUAAGAUGCCACUGUCACAAUGUGUUUCAGACUCUUGAUAAGUCAGAGUUUUAUAUUUUAGUACUAACAUUUAGUUUAAACAGCUGUUUGUAAUUGUAAUUCUCUAGGGUGCCAGACAUAGGUAUUUCUAACUGGUUUGCUGUCCCAAAGCCCGUUUAAUUGUAGCAUCCACACAGUGGGAUCUGCUCUGUGGCUAGCAGACAUCUAGCCUGCUUUGACUCUCUGACCACGGUACCAUUGGCUGCUCCAGCCGAUUCACUCUGUCUUAGAUUACGGUGCUUCCUGAAGAGGUCAGUCAGUGACCACAGUUACUGGGAAGGAGUCAGAAGUCACGGCUGAGAGUUACCUGUGAGCUUCAGGAGCUAAUAGAGUGCUGCAGUGACACUCCAACUGUCUGAAUGAGAGUAGCCGAGUAGCAGAAUUCUGAGUGUCAGGUUAUACUUGGGUGGGGCAAGUUGUGGGGUACAGUUACCCAAGAAAAGAGGACUCUUGAAAAUACACUGGUGGGGGAGAUACUCGUAGAGGGGUACACUGAGCUAAUCCUCCCGGCUCUUCAGGAGUGCUGGAAUGUGUUUUAAAAGGCGGAAAGAAAGAGUCCUAAUUCUAGGAGGUAGUGCACAGAUUCAUGCUCUCAUGUUAUAGAUAAAGCUGCGUAAGUUUACAAGUCCACUUAGCUA